GAGGCCAAGGAUCGAACCCGAGACGUCAUGGCUCCUAGUGGGAUUUGUUUCCGCUGUGCCACAACGGGAACUUCUAACUUUCUUUUUGAAUUUAUGCCUCACCACUGCCCCUCUAGCUAGCCAGACAGGCAUGGCUCUCCCACUUUUCAGAGAGGAAACCAAAGCUCCCAGAAGUAAAAUGACUAGCUCAAUCCACAGGCCAGCAGACACCAGGGCUGGGGCUCCAGAAUGGAAGCGGAGUGUUCUGUUUACCUAGGAGGUCUUGUUGCUCAGCACUUGGAGGCUUCUACCCCCAGAAGCCCAGACGCCUCACCAGUGCCCCUUGUCCCACAGAGGGCAGGUUGCCCCAAGCUGUGUUCCCACUCCCACGAGGGAGCAGUGCCUGUAGCCCCUUUUCCCACCAGGUUCCCUCUGGCCCCACCAGGAGAAGAGGAUGGCCCACCAAAAAUCAGUCGACAUCUUUGACCUCAACAGGUCAAUGCUCAAGUACCCAUGGCUGGAGUAUCCAGAAAGGACCAAAGAACUCAGAAGAGCCACCGCUCCUGUUGACUUGCCCUUGUCCUGCUACCAGAUGCCAAAGGAAGAGAUCCCCCCAAGUCCAGAGUGCUGGAGGCAGCACCCGAGCAAGCCAGACUCUGUACCUUACUGCCACUCCAAGAAGCCUGAGCUCUGCACACACUGGCGCACCCUGUGUGAUCAGAGGAAGGAACGGGAGGCCCAGAAGAUACCGCGGCAAAUGAGAGAUCACUCCAGGAACAUUGAGGAGGGAGCCCUCAUCCAAAAACUCCAUCUCCCCAUGAGCAAGCUGACUAUAAAGUCCCAGAGGGAACCCAAGCCCUUAGACCCGACUGGGGACCCCAUGAAGUGGCAAAGAUUAAAGGAACUCACAAGAAGCCUGAAAUCUCCCAGAGAGGAUGAGCAGCUCUAUGCAGCACAGGCUCUGGGGUGUCUGGGUGUCAACGACAAGUUUAUCAUGGAAGCACUAUGGCAGGUGGCCCAAACUGGUCCAGAGAAAGUAAAGUACGAGGCCUACCGAACCCUGGCCAUCCUGGGCUGCCUGAAUAAGCACGUGAUCCACGCUCUCAUCAAGCAACUGAAGGGGCAAAAUGAGGGGCAAAGGAUGGAUACUCUGACGGUGCUACGGGCGGCUCUGAACUCCAGGGCUACUGUCCCCAAAGACCAGAGGACUCAAGUUGAGGACGAAGAGAAGCUGGUGCCUGUGCUGCAGAUGCUGAUAAAGAAAUCAGUGAACAAAGCAGCGAUGGAGGCAGCCCUGUGCUUGGGGUUCCUGAGGCCCUGUAACAACAUAGCCCGAGAGUACCUGCUGCAGUGCCUGUGCCAAGGGCCGAAGACCCAGCAGAUGAAGGCACUUAGUAUGCUGGUCAAGAUAAUGGGUGUGCACUCGGCCACGGUCAUCAGGACCAUCCUAGACCAGCUGUGCGAUUCCAGUGCCCUUGAGCAUCGCUUUGAAGCCAUUCAGAUGCUCAAAACCAUUGGGUUAGAGCGGAUCCAAGCACACGGCCUAGAAGGACUCACAUUUGACCUGCUCAGGAGGAAGACAUAUAAUGAACCGUUCUUCGCUAUGAGGCAGGCUGUUGCUGAAACUGUGGAAGAGCUCAAGAUGAAGCCCGCAAUGAUGAACUUGGUGGAGGCGCAACUAAUGAGCUCAAACACCACUGCACGCCAGGAAGCAGUCAUCUCUUUGGGCGUCCUGGGGAUCCGCAGCCCACAGGUGUUCUACUUGGUCCUGGACAUGCUGGAUGUGGAAAAGAGCCCGUUUGUGAAGAAGAGUCUACAAGAAACAUUAAUUCUUUUGGCCUCAAUUGAUCCCUGGAUCCAAAACAAGCUGAAGAACAAGGUUCUCUGCAUCUAUGAGGUGCCUAAGAGCAGCUUGAAGGAAGAGCCUACGAAGUUCCAGAAAAAGCCUGAGGACCCAGAAGAGUUAAAUGUCCCAGAUUUUCAACUUGCACAGCUGAACCCCUUGUUCCUUACAAAGCCCAGAGCCACAUCAGACCAGCAGAAAAGGCUAAACACCCACAAAGGGUCUGAAACCUCUCCUUUCCCACCCUGUUACUCAAAACCACAAAAACACGGGUCACAGGACACCACAGGGUCCUGGGCACGAGCGAUCAGGAAACAGCUUCGGAUCCUUGCUGAAACCUCCAUUAGGUCAGUUCUUUUGGCCAAGUCCCUGCUCUCUCCUUAA